UGUGGUGGUGUUGCUAUAGUAACGUAGAGGCGGAGCAAGGAAUCAUUGCUUGAAUGAUAGUUUACUGCGAUAGAACGACCUCCAGUAACCAUGAUUUUAAUAAGCAAGAGAGCAGUAGAAUGGAUUUAUUCUCUGAUACUUUUCUGUAUUGUAAUCCUCUCUUGGGGUUAUGUCCUCUAUGCAGCAAGACUUUCAGCACUGUGGCAGCUGCAAAAGAAAUACCCAAAUAAACUGUGAAUCUUCAAGGUAUAAUCCAGACUGAUUUGAUACUGCUGAAGAAAAAAAAAACUUAUCUACAAAUCUAUAUGGACUACUAUUUUAAAACGUGUGUGCAACAUUCAAUUUAUUAUUUUUAUUAGUGUCUUAUAAUAGUUUUUCACUACAAAAUCAAAGAAGCACUUGUGGGUGUUAAAUUGGAAUGGGCCUUUCUGCAGUUCUUGAGUCAUAUAAAAUAAAAAAUGUUUUAGUGCAAUAGUUUUCAUAAAACUAGAAAAAAGUAAUAAAGUAUAUUUUUAAUAUC